AUGCAUUCUAUCUCUACUUUGAGCGAUGGUGUAAGAGUCCGAGUACCAGAUGUGAUUGGUAAGUACAGGGUCGUACGUACCAUUGGUAAAGGAGGAUUCGCCGUUGUUGUUUUAGGUGUCAAUCCAAAAACCCAAAAACAAGUGGCAAUAAAAAUUAUUUCCCGUGAAGAAGUGACUAAACGCAAUCUUAUGCAGUAUCUUGAGAAUGAACUACGUCUUAGUACUCGCUUCGAUCAUCCUAAUGUUUGUAAGGUUCUUGAUGUUAUCUACGAAGAAGACAUAAUCAUGGUAGUUAUGGAAUAUUUCAAGAAUGGUGAUCUUCAAUCAAUGCUCUCUAAUGGAGUUAACUUUACAUAUGAGCAGAAAUGCAAAAUAUCUUUUGACAUCUUACAAGGCAUUAAUUAUUUACACAAGCGUGAUAUUUCACAUCGCGAUAUUAAGCCAGAAAAUGUCUUAUUAGAUGAUGAUUUUACUCCAAAGUUGAUCGAUUUUGGACUUGCCAAAGAAAACGGUACUUCUCUUCAUACAUACUGUGGAACUCCAUUUUAUAUGGCUCCUGAGGUAAUUAUUUCUGAUACUUACGAUGGAAUCAAAGCUGACAUUUGGGCAUUCGGUGUGACAGUUCACGUACUCUCAACCGGAAAGUUCCCAUGGUAUGUAAAGAAUGAUGUUCAGCUUAUCCGUGAGCUCCAAGCUAAUAAGCUUGAGUUGAUUAUAGAACCUACAGGCGUACUCGGAACCUUAAUUUCUAAGUGCCUUGUAUUUGACUCAAAGAAGAGAUCAUCAAGCUCAGAUCUAUUGACAUUACUUGAAAACUAUGAUUACCAGCCAAUUCAAGUAAUACAUAAGUCUUUAUUCACCAAGAAGACGAGUACUGACUCAAUCCUUCCACACCUUUCAAAUAUCCCUAAGAAUAAUAGCAAUCUUCCAAAGAAAUACCACUCACAAGAGAAAGGAUUUUGGAAAAUCAAAUUUCAAUGCGGACGAUUAUCAAAUUUACAAUAA